GUGGCCCCGCCCCGGGAGAGGCGUGCCGGGCCGGGCGUAUUUGAGGCGCAGAGCCGGCCGCCGCCCUGGCAGGACCACGCCACCUCUGACCGAGCCUCCCCCGCGGCGCGAGAGCCAGUGCAGAGGCGUCGGGAAAAUGGCAGACGGUUUUUCGCUUAAUGAUGCCUUAUCUGGGCCUGGAAAACCAAACCCUCAAGGUUGGCCUGGUUCAUGGGGAAACCAGCCUGCUGGGGCAGGGGGCUACCCAGGAGCGGCCUAUCCUGGGGCCUACCCUGGACAAGGACCUCCUGGGGCCUACCCUGGACAAGGACCUCCUGGGGCCUACCCUGGACAGGGACCUCCUGGGGCCUACCCUGGACAGGGACCUCCUGGGGCCUACCCUGGACAGGGACCUCCUGGGGCCUACCCUGGACAGGGACCUCCUGGGGCCUACCCUGGCCCAACAGCACCUGCUUACCCUGGACCAACUGCACCGGGUGCCUACCCUGGACCUGGGGCCUACCCGCCUCCCGCACAGCCAAGUGCCCCUGGAGCCUACCCUGCUGCCAGCCCCUAUGGCGUCCCUUCUGGACCCCUGAAUGUGCCUUAUGACCUGCCUUUUCCUGGAGGAAUCAUGCCUCGCAUGCUGAUAACAAUCCUGGGUACAGUAAAGCCCAAUGCGAACAGACUUGCUUUAGAUUUCAAGAGAGGGAAUGAUAUCGCCUUCCACUUUAACCCACGUUUCAACGAGGACAACAGGAAAGUCAUUGUUUGCAAUUCAAACCUGAAUAAUAACUGGGGAAAGGAAGAAAGACAAAUGGUUUUCCCAUUUGAAAGUGGUAAACCUUUCAAAAUACAAGUGCUGGUUGAACCUGACCAUUUCAAGGUUGCAGUCAAUGAUGCUCACUUGUUGCAGUAUAAUCAUCGGGUGAAAAAUUUUGGGGAAAUCAGUACGCUGAGAAUUUCUGGUGACAUAACUCUCACCAGUGCUUCGCACACUAUGAUAUAAUCUUAAAUGGGCAGAUACUUUUUUAAAGAAAUGAAUUUGAACGUAAACCUUACACAUUUAAAAGUUUCAUGUUAAGUAUGAGUGAAAAAUUUUACCUUUAUUCAUCAAUGUCCUUCUUGUAAAUCACUGAUUUAAUAAAUAUUCUAAGAGUUA